UAGAGAGAGAGAGAGUGUGUGUGUGUUUGUUAGAGAAUCGGAUAAAUAAAGUGGAAUUUAUUUUUCGGAACAAUCGGCGAACACGUCUACCAACAUAUCAGUUGUUGACCGGAAAUUUUUUCGGUCAUUUGUUUUGUUAUUAUUAUUAUUAUAUAAUAUUAGAGAUAUUGUUGUCAAUAGUGUCGGUGUUAUUGUUAUUAUUGUUGUUGUUGUGGCCGACAGUCGUCUUGUUUGUCGUGUAAACACCAAAGCAAUGCAUUGGAUCUGUUUUUAGGUGAUUAUUGUUGUUGGACGACAACGACGACAGCGGACAAUGAGAUAUAUAACAUACAUCUUCUCUCGCCAUUUACCGUCUGAAGAGGUGAUCAAACGAUAACAUUAAUCAAACGUCGCCGACAAGUGUUGGCGUCAUUGAAAAAAACUAAAACUCUUGGAUCACAACCACACCGGACAAUGAGCUCACGAUUGGACCGGUUGUUGCUGUUGCUGGAGACCGGUUCGACGGCCGUCACCCGCAAAGCGGCCGCACUCCAGUUGGGCGAAGUCCAGCGACUACAUCCACACGAAUUGCAUAAUCUGCUCAACAAAGUGCGACCAUAUCUCCGAAGUAACUCAUGGGAGACCCGUAUCGCCGCCAGUCAGGCCGUUGAAGCCAUUGUGGCCAAUGUGCCGGUUUGGAUGCCUGCUGGCAGUCGGCUGACAUCAUCAUCCGGCAGCGAAAUCGAUUGCCAAAUGACUGACGCCUCCUCAUCGUCGCAGAGCACGACUACGACGACGACGACGGGCAGCACCGGUAGGAUGAGCUUCGAAAAGUAUGACAUCAAUACAGUCAUCAAAUGUGGACACAAUCUGUUGGCCUCAGAAGGAAAAGAGUUCGAUGAUAUCGGUGACAACAACAGCGCCACUACUGCUAACUCGGCGGUGGAUUUAAAGGAGAAGAUUGCUCUCCAGCGACAAGCGUUGAAUCAUAAGUUAGGUCUCGAUGUCGCCAAUCAUUUGGGCUUACAAUUGGAUUUCAUUACAAACUCAGAUCUAACUGAUGAUCGAAAACCUAAUUCUGAAGUAAAUAGUUUACAACAAAAUACCAAUAAAUUAGAUGAAAUAUUGACGAAAGCGACGGGAAGUUCGUUGAAAAGAAAAUUAAAGAAAAGACGUCAAUCAACGGAACAAAAAUCAAGUAUCGAUGAGAGCAAUGGUGGACUAAAAAAGAUUAAAACAGAAACUGAAGAUUCGGAUAGCAUUAACUCGAAUGAUAGUAACACUUUCGACAUUACACAGACCAACGAGUGGCCACUCGAAUCGUUUGCCGACGAAUUAUUAUCAGAUUUGUUCAGUGCCUCGUGGGAAGUCAGACACGGAGCGGCCACUGCGCUGAGGGAAAUCAUAAAAUUACAGGGAAAGUGUGGCGGUCGGACCAACUCUACGCCCAGCCAUCUCAUGGAUCAAAUGAAUCAGUUAUGGCUCGAAGACAUAUCACUGCGGCUAAUAUCUGUCCUGGCAUUGGACCGAUUUGGCGACUUUGUCUCAGACCAAGUGGUAGCGCCCGUACGCGAGACAUGUGCUCAGGCAUUGGGUUUAGUUCUUAACUUACUAGUAUCAGACGGUGUAUAUAAUGUUUUGAAAAUUUUACUACAAUUAUUGAAAUCUGAACAAUGGGAAGCAAGACAUGGAGGAAUGCUCGGUCUUAAGUACCUGUUGGCCAUUCGACAGGAUAUGACUUGUCAUUUGAUUCCCAUUGUUUUUCAACCGAUUUUCAACGGUCUCAAAGACAGUGUCGAUGAUGUAUCGGCUGUCGCUGCGGCCGCUUUGGUGCCGAUCAAAGAGGAUUUAAUGAAAACACUGCCUGAAAAAGUGCCGAUUGUUAUCAACUACUUAUGGGAAGCACUUCCAGAUCUUGACGAUCUGAGCUCAUCAACUGGCGAUUUAUUAAUGCUAUUAUCUUCACUAUUAGUAUUUAAUUCCGAUACAAAUUCAACGCAAAAUUUAGUCGAAUUAGUUCCCCGUUUGUGGCCAUUUCUCAAUCAUUCGCUAAGUUCUGUACGCAAAUCGGUAUUGGAAUCGCUUCUCAUCUUAUGUUCGAAAACAUCAACUGAUUGGUUAACCGUAUCGUUACUAUCAGACAGUAUGAGACUACUAUUUCAGAGAUGUCUACUCGAGAACAAUGAAGAUAUAUUGAAAAACUUAUAUGAAGUUUGGUUCAAAUUUACUACUAAAGCCAGUCUUGAGAAUGUAAUGCAAGCCAGUUGUCAACAUCUGAGCGGUUGGUUCUGUCUGAUGAUGCAUCCGGCGAAGAUACCGAUCGACGCAUCCACAUCACAAACAUGGUUACAAUUAAGAGGACAAUCAUUGAGUAGUCAUCAGAGUCCGGAUGAUAACCAGAGCUAUAGCUACAAAUCAAGACAUAACAAACCCUAUGAUAAUCAUAACGGCAGAGAACAGUAUUUUAUUGGUGGCACCGAAUUGUUGGCCGACAAUCCCGAAGAUAGAGAACGCUUUGUUAUACGUGCCAGACAUCAGGCGGCAAAGUUUAUCGGUUUGUUAGCCUAUUUUGUUACCAAACCGCUCUAUGAUACCCAACCGUCGGCAAUGGAUUCAUUCGCCAACAUAUUAUUAUUUCAUUUGAGUUCAAAGUCAGCGAUGCAGAGGAUGUGCAUCGCUUGGGUGAUCAAAGAAUGGGCCAAAGCUUUCAACAAUGUAUUGGACGUUACUAUCGACGACAACAACGAUAAUACUAAAAACAAUUGUUGGCCACAAUCGGUGACCGAUAAGUGUUUGGAUUGUCUCCAAGAAAUUGUUUAUUUCGAUGAAAUCUCAUCCCAUUUUACACGACUGCAACUCGAAUCAAGAGAUUUUGUAAAUCUUGUUAAGAAAAAUAAGUUUACCAUAAAUGAAGAAAUCUAUAAACCGGGAGCUGUCUAUACAUUUGAACAGAUAAACUCUUUGGCCAAUUCUGUGAUCCAAAGUCCACAAUUGAAGUCGAAAUCAAAACAAACAGAAGUAAUUGAGGAACGAUGUCGUGGAUUAUUAAAGACGACGUCACAGAUAUCCAAAUAUCAGACAUCAUUGUCCACAUGUGUAUUAUCAUCGUUAGCCGGUUCGCUCAUAUCAUGGAAACAAUUGCCAUCAAAACUGAAUCCAGUGGUCAGACCAUUGAUGGAUUCGUUGAAAAUUGAAGAGAACGAACAACUUCAGUGUGAAUCAGCUCAUAGUUUAGUCGGUCUGUUGAGUCUGUGCUGCGACCGAAGCACACAAACCACAACAAAUGAUAGCACUGUAUCACCAGUUCCUAAAAUAAUUAAGAAUCUGAUAACCUAUUUAUGUUGCGAUCGAAACUUUACGCCCGAAGUGAAACCUUUGGACUCGACGACAACAACACAAAAACAAUCGGGAAUUAUAUGUUUAGAUAAUAUGCAAAAGUUUGCCGAACGUCAGUCAUUUAGACGAUCUAACUCUUUGAAUGCCAACAAAAAGUCGAAAUCAAUUGACACAUCGGCGACGACGACUUCAAUUGACGAAACUGGUGGUUCUUCACCCAUCAGUUGUGACCAACAGCUUAAUGAUAAACAAAACGAAGUGUUAAGACGUGGCGCCAGUCUUGCGCUAUCGGAAACUGCCAAACACUUCGGCGCCGACAUACCAACCAAAUUGCCUAAUCUUUGGGAACAAAUCACACAAAUUGUCGAUUACUCUGAAAAGUCCAAAAAUGAUGGCUUAAGUCUAGAUGAAGCCAAAAGUCUUUUACAAUGUCUACAAGUAUUGGAAAUAAUUGGUCCUCAUUUGCAUCAAGAAUUACAUUCAUAUCUCAAAUCAUUGUUGAAUUCAUUGUGUUUAUGUCUGGAAAGUCCAUUGAUAGCUAUCAGACAUUUGGCCUCCCGUUGUUUCGGUAUGUUUAGUCAUGUGAUAAAAGCCGAUACGAUGGACGUUGUCUUGUCGACCAUUUUGGAACUAUUAGAACUGUCCGAAUCUGAUACCAACAGACAGGGAGCUUUAGAAGCUAUUCAUUGUGUUACCGAUAGUCUCGGCUUUAGUAUAGUACCAUAUAUUGUCUUAUUAAUUGUACCGAUGUUGGGCCGUAUGAGCGAUCACAACGACAGUGUCCGACUACUCGCCACUCAUUGUUUUGCCCAAUUAGUUCAACUGAUGCCACUGGACAACGAUAACAACAACAAGUCCAGUGCCAACAACACCAACAAUACUGUGAUCAAGAAAGAGUUAAUGGAAAAGAAGCAAAAGGAACGACGCUUUUUGGAACAGCUAAUGAAUAUUAAGAAAUUAGAUGAUUACAAACUGCCGGUACCGGUGAAGGCCGAACUCAGACAGUAUCAACAGGAUGGUGUCAAUUGGCUGGGAUUUCUUAAUAAAUACAAACUACACGGCAUAGUAGCAGACGAAAUGGGUUUGGGAAAGACAUUGCAGGCCAUCUGUAUUCUGGCAUCGGAUCACCAUUAUUUGUCCAUCAAAGUGGAGAACUCGUCUAUUGAAUGCAAACAAAUGGCAUCGAUAGUGAUAUGUCCGCCAACAUUGACCGGCCAUUGGCUCUACGAGAUCGACAAGUUUGUCAGUACUCAAUAUUUACGUCCACUUCAUUAUACGGGUCCACCAAAUGAACGAACGAAACUGCGGAAGAAAAUCAAACGAAACGAUAAUAAAGUUGUCUAUAAUAUAGUGAUCGCGUCCUACGAUAUCGUUCGCAAUGAUAUUGAAUUUUUUUCGACAAUUCACUGGAACUACUGUGUCUUAGAUGAAGGCCAUGUCAUCAAAAAUGGCAAAACAAAACUGUCGAAAGCGAUUAAAUCGUUGUUUGCCAAUCAUCGGCUAAUUUUGACGGGAACGCCAAUCCAGAACAAUGUACUGGAAUUGUGGUCACUGUUCGACUUUUUGAUGCCCGGCUUUCUCGGUACUGAACGCCAAUUUAUGGCCCGAUAUUCUCGUCCAAUACUCCAAAGUCGUGACGCCAAGUCUUCAUCGAAAGAACAAGAGGCCGGCGUACUAGCCAUGGAAUCUCUUCAUCGACAAGUUUUGCCAUUCAUAUUGCGACGAAUGAAAGAAGACGUACUGAAAGACUUGCCGCCGAAGAUAAUGCAAGACUACUAUUGCGAGUUGAGUUCGUUGCAGUCAAAACUGUACGAAGAUUUUGCCAAAAGCAAAGCCCGUCAGAGUCUACAGGAUUCGGUUGCCACCGAUAAUACUACUACCGAUAAGAGUAACACUUCCGCCACCGACAAGACCAACAUUGCUUCGGCACACAUAUUCCAAGCGUUGCAAUACUUGCGUAAAGUUUGCAAUCAUCCGAAACUGGUGCUCAGUCCCACUCAUCCGCAAUACGAAACCAUUACAUCACAGCUGAAACAGGAGAAGAGUUCGCUGUCCGAUAUCACUCAUGCGGCAAAACUGUGCGCUUUAAGACAACUGCUACUCGACUGCGGUAUUGGUACACAACAAAGCAACCAAAUUAACGCUACGGAACCAGUGGUUAAUCAACACAGAGCUUUAGUAUUCUGUCAGCUCAAGAGUAUGUUAGAUAUUGUCGAAAAUGAUUUAUUGAGAGCACAUAUGCCAUCCGUUACAUACUUGCGUCUCGACGGAAACAUUCCUCCCAUUCAAAGACAUUCAGUUGUUCAUCGAUUCAAUAACGAUCCGUCUAUUGAUAUACUAUUGCUUACCACUCAGGUGGGUGGUUUGGGUCUGAAUCUUACAGGUGCCGAUACUGUCAUAUUUGUUGAACACGACUGGAAUCCGAUGAAAGACUUGCAGGCCAUGGACAGAGCGCACAGAAUUGGUCAGAAAAAAGUGGUUAAUGUUUAUCGAUUGAUAACUACCGGUACUCUUGAAGAAAAAAUAAUGGGUUUACAAAAGUUUAAGCUGACAAUAGCCAACACUGUUAUCAGCAGUGAUAAUAGCAAUUUGCAGACAAUGGCGACCGACCAACUGUUGGAUCUGUUUAGUUUUGGUCAUAACAGCAGAAGUGGUGAUACAGCGAACAAAGGGAUCACUGGCGGUGGCGGUUCCGGAAGCGGUGGCUCCGGUAUGAAGAAUGUUCUCGAAAAUUUGCCCGAACUCUGGGACUCUCAACAGUACGACAAUGAAUACGAUUUGACUCAAUUCAUUCAGUCAUUAAAGUCUUAA